AUGGCAACAGCACGUGAUACACAUACUGCAACCCUGCUUAAUUCGAGCAAAGUUCUUGUCACUGGCGGUUCCAGAUCGAGCGUUAUUAGCAGUUUCGGAUCCUCUGAUGCUCUUGCUAGUUCUGAAAUAUAUGAUCCAUCACCGAGCCAAUGGAACCAAACUGCAAGCAUGGCAACAGCACGUGAUGUACAUACUGCGACCUUGCUCAGUUCGGGGAAGGUUCUGAUUACUGGUGGUUUCGAAUCCUCUAGUGCUCUUGCUAGUUCUGAAAUAUAUGAUACAUCGACUGGCCAAUGGAACUAUACUGCAAGCAUGAUAACUGCACGUUGUAUACAUACUGCGACCCUGCUCAAUUCAGGCAAAGUUCUUGUCACUGGUGGUUCCCAAUGGAGCUUUCCUAGCUCUGGUGGUUACGGAUCGGUCUAUAUUCUUGCUAAUUCUGAAAUAUAUGAUCCGUCAACAGGUCAAUGGAAAUCUGCCACAAGUAUGGCAAAAGCACGUUAUGCACAUACUGCGACCCUGCUCAAUUCGGGCAAGGUUCUGAUUACUAGUGGUUCCGGAUCCUCGGGUGCUCUUGCUAGUUUUGAACUGUAUGAUCUAUCAACAAGUCAAUGGAACACUGUCACAAGCAUGGGAGCAGCACGUUAUGGACAUACUGCGACCCUGCUCAAUUCGGGCAAGGUUCUGAUUACUGGUGGUUCCGGAUCCUCUGGUGCUCUUGCUAGUUCUGAACUAUUUGAUCCAUCGACUGGCCAAUGGAACACUACUGCAAGCAUGGCAACAGCACGCUAUGCACAUACUGCAACCCUGCUCAAUUCGGGCAAGGUUCUGAUUACUGGUGGUUACGGAUCCUCGGGCGCUCUAGCUAGUUCUGAACUAUAUGAUCCAUAG